AUGGAGAAUCUCCCACGUGAAGUUUUAUCUAACAUUUUCAUCCGAUUAUUGGCCAAACAACUUUCUCAAAUGAGGUGCGUAUGUAAAUCUUGGAACGCUCUCUUAUCCGAAUCCUCCUUCAUAAAAUCCCACCUCCAUCACUCUACCCAUCACAACGACGAGAUUCUCUUGUUCUUCAGCCGAGUAUUUUCUUUUUACCAUAAUCCAUUCAUACACCCCUCUCCAUUAACACCACACCCCUUUCCAUUCACAGCACACCCAUCUCAUUCUCCUAAUCUCAAACUCAAACCGAGUAAUCUCUUCAAACUCCCGGAUAAACCCAAAUCCGAAUAUAGUCAUGGCAAUGUCAUCGGAUCUAUAAAUGGCUUGAUAUGCUUUAACUACGGACCAUUUUCUUUGCCUUCCCGUGAUUAUGCAAUUUACGUUUGGAACCCUUCUCUAUCAUCGGUGUUAACUCUCCCCCCAUGUCCUCUCCCCUCGGGUGAUUCUAAGACAAAAACCAAUUUCCGAUUUGGGUAUGAUCCCAAUACUGAUGAUUACAAAGUUGUCAAGCUUACAAGCCUUGUACCACAAGUUGCGGUUUAUAGCAUGAGAAAGGGUUCAUGGGACUUAAUUACUCAAAGGUUUCCGUUGAAUAUGAGAAUAGUUAAGCGUAAACCCGAAGUUUGUGUAGAUGGCUAUAACGGCCGACUUCAUUGGCUUUGUUAUAUUAAAUUUAAGCGGAAGUUAGAAAGGGUAGUGGCAUUUGAUUUGGGUGAAGAGACGUUUAGUGUGAUACCUCUUCCGGAUUCUAUACUACAACACGAUCAAAACAGAUGGAAUUGUUGGAUUAAUGUCUAA